ACAAGCACCUCACUAGUACGCCACUCUACGCCGAGCUCUCGCCUCGAUCACUCACGUCCAUCGCUCGCUCCCGACCGUCACAACUUACUACCAGUGCUAUAUUACUCGAAAGUGAUCAUCAGUGAUAACACAAUGUGCGAAAGAAGGAUAAGGAAAAUCAAAAAAGGGUCCCACAUGACCAGGCUGCGUGAGACACGGCGCCUGCAAAGACUGCAGCGCAUCGUGACGACUCCGCCCCCGCCGGAGGAGCCCCUGGCGCCUUGCCCGGAGCCCGCCGUCGACAAGACCGCCCAAUGCCGCCUCAUCCUCGAACUAGCCCUAAAGACCAUUAACUUAAUGCAGAAGAACAGCAUGAUUCAGCAGAAAAUUAUCGCACUACAGAAGGAAACUUCAGAUUUCGUUGCGCAAGUGAUGAGCAACCCUGAGAACAAGAAGCGGUACCUGGAGCACCUCCGCUUACACGGAUCGGCGGCCGCGCAGCCGGUGCACGCGCAGGUCAGCUUCCUCCCCGCCACCGCCAAUCUAGAGCCUGGAGCCUAAACAUACGAACACCAUGCGUUUGGGUUGAAGCGCGACACUGACUGAAACAUUAAUGGACGGGUGAUGUUAGUUAAGUUAUUCUUUAGUAUCGCCAUGCGUCUGGCUUUAUAGUUAGUAAUAAUGAACAGAAGAUAAAUGCACAAGCGCUGAAAAUGUUGAUGAAGCUUAUUAUCGCGUGUAAUUAGGGUAAGUAAUUUGAAAUGCGUAGAACGUUACCUAUUUGUAAGAAAUUCGCUAAGUAUAUUACUACCUAAAGUUCUACCUGUAAGUACCUACCUCCUACAAAAGGCUAAGUUAGUUUUCACGGUGACACUGAGAACUAUAUUGGCCUUUUAUAUUAUUUAUUUUUCAAGUCGUUGCUUAUUUCAUGGUUAUUUCUACUAUCUUUUUCUUCUAUGUGAGGUGGAUAACCAACCUCAUCACCCUUGGUCUCAGGAUUAUUAUCGAGCCGCCAAAGGCCCCUUAUUGUUAAAAUUUUAAAUUGUCUUUAAAUUGAAUUCCAUUGACUAAUAUAGCGAUUGUAAGUUUGUCUGUAAUGUACAUUUUGGAUUAAAACGAUAAAGUUUAAAACGCAUUUUGCGGAAAUAAAGAAGCUGGAACCAUGACAUUUUCAUUUUUUAAAUUAUGAGACCAGUGCCAAGUCGUUCAUCUGAAAUUUUUUAGGUGCGUCAUGAAGAAUAGGGUAUUUGACUGCGUCAACAAAAAUUCUAUCCGGUCUAAGAUGAUCAAAAAUCAACUUCGUUUUACUUUAUAACUUAUUAUCGGAUUUUAUUUAUGAAUUAAGUAAUAAUGAGUAAGUACGACGAUUGACUGCUUUUAUUGAUGACGUCACAGGACAGUAUUUCCAUACAAACUCCAAAGAAAAUUUUCGUUUUGACGUUUCGUAAAAAGUAUCAUUUGACUAGGUUGUCAAGUAGCCUAUUGUUCUCCUUUAUCUUUUAGACGUAGGUAGUGAUGGCUCAAGUCGUUACCUGUCGGCUUUUGCCAUAAAAAAUAAUUACCUAAUAUUGUAAGAAGCUUAUUUUAUAAAGAUUUUAAAAAAAAUCUGUAUGGGCUAGUUUUCCCUUCGCAGAUUGGAAGGUUAGACAGGCAGUCGCUGCUGUGAAAGCUGACCUGUCAAAUCCUCGAUUAGAUAACCCCUUGAAAAAGGGCUAACGCCUAGGGAGAUAAUGAUGAUUUUGUAAAGGCUUUUAACAUUCUAACUAUAGGUAAUUGCGACAGUAAAGGUAGCGGUUGUAAAUACGGUUAAUUGCUAGCGUACUUUUUAUCGCUUGGUAUAUCUUAAUAUAAGUUUCAGUUUUGCUGUAAUAACAUACAGUAACUGAAUUUGUUUCAUGUUUACAUACUAACAUUGCUAGAAAGCAAAAGUUUAAAAUAUACUGUAGAUUAUAAGUAUGCAUGAUAAACAUCACAAUGUUAUAACGUUAUAAUUUAAAGUUCUUAAGAGUUUAGGUUAGGUUAGGUUAGGAGAAAGAGAUCUCUCGUCGGAUCCAACUCGGAUGGGCAGCGUUCGGGAAGCUGCGGAAUAUCUUCUCGUCCAAAAUACCUCAGUGUCUCAAGACGAAAGUCUUUGACCAGUGCGUGUUGCCAGUGAUGACCUACGGCAGUGAGACGUGGCCGCUUACUAUGGGUCUCGUGAGGAGGCUCGGUGUCGCUCAGCGGGCAAUGGAGAGAGCUAUGCUCGGUAUUUCCCUGCUCGAUCGAAUCAGAAAUGAGGAGAGCCGCAGGAGAACUAAAGUCACCGACAUAGCUCGAAGAAUUGCAAAGCUGAAGUGGCAGUGGGCAGGACACAUAGCGAGGAGAACCGAUGGCCGAUGGGGCGGAAAGGUUCUGGAGUGGCGACCACGUGUCGGACGACGCUCAGUGGGUAGGCCCGCUACAAGGUGGACCGACGAUCUGGUGAAGGUCGCGGGAAGCCGCUGGAUGCGGGCAGCGCAGGACCGAUCGUCGUGGAGAUCCUUGGGGGAGGCCUAUGCCCAGCAGUGGGCGUCAUACGGCUGAUGAUGAUGAUGAUGAAGAGUUUAGGUGUGAGUUCGGGUUAAAUCAGUACAAUUAUGUUGCCUGUAAGGAUGUGAUGUGUGAAUCUUUGAUUCUUGAAAUACAGUUUACAACAACUGGGUGUCACAAAAGGAAGGAAAUCGUUGUCUUCAUUUCUUAAAAGUUUGAUGUAAGUAAUUAGCUUUUUGUGGGUGACUUCCGCAUGUGCUAUGCACUAGUCUAAGUGGCGCGAGUUACGCGCAUAUUCAAACCACAGAAUACUUUUUCGUGUGUUUAAGUGCGUUUAGGGUAGGUCUGUAUCCACCAAACAAAAAUACUCUGUGGCACAUAAGUAACUCGCGCCAUCUAAUCAAGGGCUUUUUUGCCAAUAGUACCUAACAUUUAUACAUCAAUGUUAUUUGUAUAAUGUGGGUAGUCCUACAGCUCAACGUUGCGUGUAACACUGCCUUACUGAAACUAUCGCAAUAGGGGACUGAGUCAAAGAUAAAUUGUAAAAAGACAUAGAAGCCAGUCUAAGAUAAUAAAAAAUCAAUCUCAUCUUACAUUUCGACUUAUUUUCGAAUUUUAUUUAUGAAUUAAGUAACAACGAGUACGACGUUUGACCGCUUUUAUUGAUGACGUCAUAGGACAGUGUUUCAAUACAAACUCCAAAGAAAACUUCCGUUUUGGCGUUUCGUAAAAAGUAGUUCAUUUGACUAGGUUGUCUAGCCUAUUUCACAUUUUUAACAUAUAAUUACAGAUUUGUAUUCCUGUGUGUUCGUUUAAAUUAUUUAGUAUAGACAUGGAACAGAUCUCUUUGGAAUAUAUUUUUUGACGAUUGUCCUUAUAUUUGUCAUUUUAUUUUGUGCCGAUUUUGUUUGCAUUUAAUAGAGAAUAGUGUAAAUAUUCAUGAAGAAAUACGAAUCGCUUUGCUAUUGAUUCUUAAAUAUACACGAACACUGAAUGAUCCAGUUUGUUUCGUACACGUACUAUAUUUAUAGGUUUAGAAUAAGAUGUAUCAUUUGCACAGAUAUUGCCAAAAGCUGUAUUCAUUUUAAAUAAGUAUAGAAAUACAUCGCACUUUGAAAACAUUAGCGGCGCUACCAAAAAUUUGGUUUUGGUUUAAUUUUAGAUUGGAGAACAUGCUAUUUUAGGUAGUUUUUUUUUCAUCUAAGGGUGAAUAAUUCCACAUUUUCAGUUGCAUCACUAUUGUUGUUAAAGUGCGAGUCAUGUGUGUAGUGUGUAUUUUAAACGCUGAAUAGAUGUAGUUAAUACUUUAAAAACAUUUAAUUUUAUGCCUACGUAUAAUAUGGCUACAUGUAUUGGCUAAAUUACUUUGUAAUCUUUAAAUAUAACUAUCUUCAUUUAAAGAUAAAUAGACAUAAGUAACCUAAAUAAACAAAAUCAUGUUUUGUGAGUAAUCGGGAGCACAUUUGGCGUUUUUAAUGUAAUGUCCUGAAUAAGUAUUAACUUUAGACUGGAAUAAUUGUUAUUUAUUGCAUAAGACUCCCGUCUCGAGGUGAAUAUUUGUAGUAAUUGAUAAUCACUUUACUUGAUUUCAUUAAAUAAACUAGUCUUUCUUUAAUAUUUA